CACAUCUAUUACAUUUCCAUGCCAACCUGGCUAAACACCGACUGCUUUUAUUUUGAUCUUGGCUGGCAUGUAAUUCGAGGAAAAAACUCUAAAAUGUUCCAAGAAAAAUAGCAAAAUGUCGUCACAAAUUGACCAUAUACACACUAGAACAACCAACUUAACAGAGAUAUCCGAAACACGAAAUAGCAAUCUGUCGCGAAGGGGAACAAGGCGUACAUCUGCAUACAGUGAAAAGAAAAUCUCUACUGCAGAUAGAAUAGGAAGAAGAAAUGCAUUUAGUCUGCCAAAAAGGAAAAAACAAGAGGCUAUUCCAAAAGAUAAAAUUAUUGAAGAAGAAAAUGGACGUGAAGGAAAACGACAAGUCAGAAAAAAUCCAUUCAAACGAAGUUCUUCAGAUGGUUCGUCUCGUGUAAUAUUGCAUCAAAGGCGCAAAAUAGCCUCAAAUCCAAACUCCAGGGAGCUUCUCAGCAAAUCAAUUGUUGAAGGUUUGUUUACACCAAUAGUGUUUACACCAAUAGUAAAAUUGAUCAAGA